GUGCCUUAAAAAUCUUCGGCACUGUCAUCCGCGCGUUGCUAAGAAAAAGCGAAAAUUUUGUUUUCGUUGUAUAUUUUACGAAUUAUAAAUAAAUAACAGCAUGGAGACGCUCUUGGAGCAGCAGCGUCGAUACCAUGAGGAGCGCGAGCGUCUUAUCAAACUGAUGGUCGACGAGCAUGCCACGAAAAAGGCCGGCGAAAAGGAAAGAAUUUUCAGUGAGCACCGGCUAAAGUAUCUCAUGGAACUGCACCACAAUGCGAGCUCACAAUUGCGAGAUUUAUAUGAGGAUAAGGACAAUGAGCGCAAAUCAGAAAUUGCAGCGCUCUCCGGACCCAACGAGUUCAAUGAAUUUUAUGCGCGCUUUAAACAAAUCAAACAAUUUUACAAAUCCCAUCCGGCUGAAGUGAGCGUGCCGCUGUCCGUAGAAUUUGAGGAAAUGAUUAAAGUGUACAGCAAUCCGGAGGAGAUGGGCGCGCUUGUAGAGUUUACCGAUGAGGAAGGGGGUGGACGUUACUUAGACUUGAAUGAGUCCUAUGAGCUCUAUCUAAACUUACGUGGCGUUGAAAAGUUGGACUACAUAACGUACAUAACGUCCUUCGAUCAUGUGUUUGAAAUAGCACGUGAGCGUAAGAAUCGGGAGUAUCGCAAGUAUAUCGAAACGCUAAAUACCUAUCUGCAUAACUUUCUACUGCGCAUACAGCCGCUGCUUGAUCUUGAAGGCGAGCUAGUUAAGGUGGAGCUAGAUUUUCAGCGGCAAUGGCUGCAAGGUUCAUUUCCUGGUUGGUCCGUAAAGGAGACUGAAUCUGCGUUGGCAAAUACCGGUGCACAUUUGGAUUUAUCUGCAUUUUCUAGUUGGGAAGAGCUGGCAUCGCUAGGCCUGGAUCGCCUGAAAUCCGGGUUGAUGGCUUUAGGGCUCAAAUGUGGCGGCACCUUGGAGGAGCGUGCACAGCGACUAUUUACCACCAAAGGCAAAACCACGCUGGAUCCAGCCCUAAUGGCCAAGAAACCCAAUGCUAAGAAUGCCAAUGCACAGACACGUGAGCAUGAACGCAAUAAGGAUAUAGCGCAGUUGGAGGCACUGCUUUACAAAUACGCUGAACUUUUAUCGGACCAACGUGCAGCCACCAAGGAGAAUGUGCAGCGUAAGCAGGCACGUACUGGUGGCGAGCGUGACGACAGCGAUGCCGAGGCCAGCGAGUCGGACAACGAUGAUGAUCCCGAUGCAGAUGAUGUGCCCUUCAAUCCGAAGAAUCUACCACUAGGCUGGGAUGGCAAGCCCAUACCCUAUUGGCUUUACAAGCUGCAUGGCCUGAACAUUAGUUAUAAUUGCGAAAUAUGUGGCAAUUUCACCUAUAAGGGACCAAAGGCAUUUCAGCGUCAUUUCGCCGAAUGGCGUCAUGCGCACGGUAUGCGAUGCCUUGGCAUUCCAAAUACGGCGCAUUUCGCCAAUGUGACCCAAAUUGAAGACGCAAUUACGUUGUGGGAAAAACUCAAGUCGCAAAAGCAAAGCGAACGCUGGAUUGCUGAUCAGGAGGAAGAGUACGAGGACUCCUUGGGCAAUGUAGUUAAUCGCAAGACAUUUGAGGAUCUGAAACGACAGGGCUUACUUUAAAUAAUAUUUGUCUCGGCUUUUUGUAAACUUUUAAUAAAUUCAACAAGUAUA